ACGGUGGUGGUAAAUGGUGACGGUGAUGAUGAUUACUAGUGGUCGGUGGUGGUUUACUCCGCGACGUGGUGUUGCCGGCCGCGGCCGGUGGCAUCCAUCGAGGUAAAAAGGAAAAAGGCGGGAAAGAAGACACCUUUUCUUCUUGCGUCAGACCGGCGUGCGAACGACUUGAUUGAGUUAAUCAAGGGCGCGCGAUCAAGCAAGAAAGAGGGAAACGUCUCACGCAUUGUUAAUCGCUACUAAUCUUACUAGCCGAAAGGUGUAGAGUGACGGAACGAGACCGAUCGACGGGCCGAUCUCUCCGACAUUAACGCAUUACUCACGGGCUUUAACACGCGCGCUAUUUACACUGGGACGGAGGAAGGGAGAAAGAGCGAGAGAAAAAAAUACCUACUUACUCCCGGGAUAAUAACUUAAAAAUUCUCAAAGUGAUCGAGGAACGGCUGUAAUAAUUUUAACCAUAAUAAUUACGUUGAACGAUACAACCGCAGGCGAGGACACGCAGUGCGGUACCGAGGAUUCUGCCGUCGCCCAGGGAGGCGACCAGCUCCAGAGGAUGACUAUGGACGGCGUGGAGGUGGUGGGCUCGCAGCCGCACGCGGCCACCAGUCCGUUUCUGCUCUCCUCGCCACCCAUGGGUCACCAUCAUCAUCAUCAUCACGCGACGUUCAAUCUGCAAUCCGUGCAGCUUAGCUUCGACGCGUGUUUACCGUACAACGCGGCCUCCUCCUCGUCCGGCUCGGUCACCUGCGGAACGUCCGUGAACGCGACCUGCACGAAUUCAUCCUCCACGAGCUGCGACAAGAGCACGCCGUCGCUCUCCUUGGCGCCGAGCGUGCCGUUACAUAUGCAACUCCAGAUCAGCUCGACCGCGUCCCCGGAGCACAACCACGGCCGUCAUCAUCAGCAUCAUCAUCAUCAUCGAUUGGACGACCAUCACCAGCAUCAGCUGCAUGUCGCCAAUGCGUCGUCACCGUCCACCGAUACCGCGGACAAGAGACAUCAGCCCGAUGACGACGAUAAGAGUUGUAUCAGGAAUUGCAGGAACGAUAUUCACGAUACGAACGAUAAGGAUAAGCCCGGCGACCUGAACACGCCGGUCACCACCAGCAGCGACCUACCGUCUUUCUUCGGACCCUCCGCGCUUGUCGAACCGCCACCGAUCUCAGGUACCUACAUCAGCCUAAUCCUUAAAACGAGGGAAACGCCAGCUCUCUCU